AUGACAGAUAAAAGUUUUACAAGCAUAGAUUCCAGUGGAAUCAUAUCUCUCGGGACCGAAAGCAGCCAGAACAAAGACAAUUCAAGCAUUUCUAGAAAGGGGUCUACUAAUAGAAGUGCAAGAUUACAAAGCAGCAGCAGAAAAGUGGUGGAAUCAGUCAAUAUCUCUCAAAAUAGCGUCUACAUCAGUAUUCAUGAAGGACCUUGCAUACGCUGCGUGACUUUCUAA